CCGAAGUAGCCGCGGCUUCUCGCCUACCAACUCCAGCGCCAACCCGGACCCGGACCCAGAGCUUCUCCAGCGGUGACGCAGGGAGCAGGGCUCCCCGCAGUAACUUCCUCCGCGCAGCUCCGCCACCCCCCGGGAGUCCCGGGGCGCACCUGCAAACUCCCGCUUGUGCAACGGCCGCCCCCGAGCCGGUGCGGGAGCCCGAGCGAGCCAUGGCCAACGCGGGGCUGCAGCUGCUGGGCUUCAUCCUGGCUUUCCUGGGCUGGAUUGGCUCCAUCGUCAGCACGGCGCUGCCCCAGUGGAGGAUUUGCUCCUACGCUGGCGACAACAUCGUGACGGCCCAGGCCAUCUACGAGGGGCUGUGGAUGUCCUGCGUGUCGCAGAGCACCGGGCAGAUCCAGUGCAAAGUCUUCGACUCCUUGCUGAAUCUGAACAGCACUCUGCAAGCAACCCGCGCCUUGAUGGUGAUUGGCAUCCUGCUGGGACUAGUAGCCAUCUUUGUGGCCACUGUCGGCAUGAAGUGUAUGAAGUGCCUGGAAGACAACGAGGUACAGAAGAUGCGGAUGGCUGUCAUUGGGGGCGUGAUCUUUCUUAUUUCAGGUCUGGCUAUUUUAGUUGCCACAGCAUGGUAUGGCAAUAGAAUUGUUCAAGAAUUCUAUGACCCCAUGACCCCGGUCAAUGCCAGGUAUGAAUUUGGUCAGGCUCUCUUCACUGGCUGGGCUGCUGCUUCCCUCUGCCUUCUGGGAGGUGCCCUACUUUGCUGCUCCUGUCCCCGGAAAACAACAUCUUACCCAACACCAAGGCCCUAUCCAAAACCUGCACCUUCCAGUGGGAAAGACUACGUGUGACACAGAAGCAAAAGGAGACAACCCUGUUGGAACAAUCAGAAAAUGAACAUUGAAAUACUGUCAUUGGCAUUAAGAUGUUAGGUUUUGACUAUUGUAGUCUGAACUGUGGUAUUACCAAAAAAACAUGUUUUGUUAAAUACCCAUUGCUAAAAAUGACUUAGUCUUAUUUUAUCUCCUUUCCUCAAUAUAAGAGGGAAGCCUUUUCUAUUUGUAUUACUGCUUCCCACUGAGUCAUAAUCUCAAAUGUGGGGAGAGGGCAUUCCUUAAAUAUAUAUAGAUAUGUACAUGUACAUGUUUUUCUAUAAAAAAGGUAGUAAAACCUUAUUAUGUUGGUACCAGCAUUCUUAAAAUAUAUCUAAAAGAAGAAAAAUAUAUUUAUAUUAAUUAAAUAAGUAGUUUAUUUGGUA